ACUUUGCCUGGGAAAAGCGCGCGUGAACUCUUGGUUGGUCACGUGAUCCAACACGGAAGUGGAAUCCAGUCAAUAACAGUGAGAGCGGUUCUCUGUCCGGAACAUGUCGAAGUUUUUGGAAGAAAUCCUAAGCAGCUUCGUGGGAAAAAAGAAAGCCUCUGUUGUUCAGGAUGAUCUGCAGAAAUGGGGGCUGCGAGGGAUCCAGCUCAGAGGAUAUCAGCUGGACGGGGUCCAGUGGCUGAUCCAGAACCUGCAGAACCAGCAGGGAUGCAUCCUGGGAGAUGAGAUGGGUUUGGGUAAAACCUGCCAGACCAUCGGUCUCCUAGUGUAUGUGUCUGGAGCUCUUGGGAAGAAAGGUCCAUUUAUGGUUCUGAGUCCUCUCUCUGUCCUGGAGAAUUGGAGAAAAGAGCUGGAAAGCUUUGCUCCUUCUCUGACUGUGCUGUGUUACCAAGGAGAUAAGGACAGACGUGCAGAGAUGCAGCUGCAAGCAAGCUCACAGGACUUCCAGGUUCUGCUCACCACGUAUGAGCUGUGUCUCAAAGAUGCUUCAUUCCUGAGGAGGUGGAGGUGGGAGGUGCUUGUGGUGGAUGAAGCUCACAGACUAAAAAAUCCAAACUCUCUGUUGCACCAAACCCUGUCAGAGUUCUCGGUGGAUUUUCGGGUCUUGCUGACUGGGACUCCCAUCCAGAACAGCCUGCAGGAGCUCUACUCGCUCCUGAGCUUCAUCCAGCCCAGCAUCUUUGCAGCAAACGACGUGGACAGCUUCGUCGACUACUACUCCAGAGUGCAAAGCCAACCUGCUCUGGCCACUGAGCUGCAGAGCGUUCUGGAGCCUUUUCUGCUCCGCAGAAUAAAGUCUGAGGUUGCCGUGGAUUUGCCAAAGAAGACGGAGCUGGUGGUCUAUCAUGGCAUGUCUGCUCUGCAGAAGAAGUACUACAAAGCCAUUCUGAUGAGGGAUCUGGAUGCGUUUGGAAAUGAGCAAGGCAGCAAGAACCGCCUGUUGAACAUCCUGAUGAACUUGAGAAAGUGUGUGGACCACCCGUACCUGUUUGAUGGCGUGGAACCGGAACCCUUUGAGAUCGGCGAGCAUCUCAUUGAAGCCAGUGGAAAGCUCUGCCUGCUGGACAACAUGCUGGCUUACCUCCACAAAGGGGGCCACAGGGUCCUGCUGUUCUCCCAGAUGACGAGGAUGCUGGAUAUUCUUCAGGACUACAUGGAGUACAGAGGUUACAGCUACGAGCGUCUGGAUGGAUCUGUCCGAGGAGAGGAGCGCAAUCUGUCAGUGAAGAACUUCAGCACCAAAGACAUCUUUGUGUUUCUGCUCAGCACUAAAGCAGGAGGAGUGGGCAUCAACCUCACUGCUGCUGACACGGUCAUUUUUGUGGACAGUGACUUCAAUCCACAGAAUGACCUGCAGGCGGCGGCACGGUGCCAUAGGAUUGGCCAAAACAGGCCUGUGAAGCAGAUCCGGCUCCUGGCUAGAGACACGGUGGAGGAGAUCAUGUACUCGCGCGCCGCGUCCAAGCUGCAGCUCACCAACACUGUCAUUCAAGAUGGACGUUUCUCUUUACUGGAUCAAGCUCAUUCAGCAGCCGCAGGCGUGCAGUUAAGUGAAAUCUUGAAGUUUGGGGUAGAUAAGCUCCUGUCAUCAGAUGAAAGCUCGGUGCAGGAUGUAAACCUCCAGAAUAUAUUUGGGUCAUCGCGAGGCGGUCAGUGGGUCGAUGACGAGGACUUGAAGGCAGUUGCAGAAGAGGAAGAAGAGGAGGAAAGACCUGAAUCUGACGAGCUGAACCACAUGUACAUCUUUGAGGGCGUAGACUACAGUCGGGACCCAAGCUCCGAGGACCGGAAGAUCUUUGACCGUUUGCUGGAGGAGCAGCUGGCUGAGAUUCAGAAGGCUGUGGGGGAGGGACGAGCUCUGAGACACAAAGCUGGAGUCUCCCUCUCGGUGGCUGUUGGGAUUCCGACGAGGAAGAGGAAACCUCUGAGUGAAGCGGAGCUGGAGCUCCGGAGGAAGAGGAGGGAGGACGCUGCAGCCAAAAGAGCAAAGCUUCAGGAGGACCUGAAAAGGAAGCAGCAGGCCAAAAAAAUGGCAUGGUGGGAGUCCUCUGGCUACAGGUCGCUUUGUCUGCCGCCUGUUGUGAGUGAAGAAGACGAGGAUGAGGAGGAUGGCAGCAGCUCUUGCUCCAUGGAUUCAAACAGUGUGGAUAUCUGCUACGUUCUUGGAGAUGUGACCCACCCACACGCUGCUAAAGGAGAUGCGAUCAUCAUCCAUUGUGUUGAUGACUCAGGCCGAUGGGGCAGAGGAGGCGUCUUUACGGCGCUGGAGGUGAGAUCAGACGAGCCACGGAAACGCUAUGAGCUGGCCGGCAAGAUGAAAGAUUUGGAGCUGGGGAGCGUUCUGCUCUUCCCCAUUGAUGACAAACAAUCCAGACCGGACGGCCAAGAUCAGUUGGCGCUUAUUGUGGCACAGCGACGAGACAAGGCCCACAACUUGUCUGGGAUCCUCUUAACGGCUCUGGAUGAAGGCCUGAAGAAGAUCUAUGUGGCGGCCAGGAGGAAAAAGGCCAGUGUUCAUCUUCCCCGUAUCGGCCACUCCACCAAAGCUUUUAACUGGUAUGGCACUGAGAGGCUCAUCAGGAAGCAUCUGACCUCCAAAGGGAUUGCCACCUUCAUAUACUAUUACAAGAAAGUGGACAGGAAAACAAUGGCACCUCAGACAGCAGCGGCAGCAGCGGCGGGAGCGUCAACGGUAGACCCCAAACAGGCAUCAACCAGCUCAGAUGGGGGGAGCGACGUGGGCGUAGCAGAAAGCAAAGCUCAAGUGAAGGGCGGCACAGAGCUGCCGGGCUUCAUGCACGGAGUCCGUGUGUUUUUCUACAAUAUUCCUGCAUCAGAAAGAAAAAGUAUGGCUCGCUACCUUAUCACAUAUGAUGGAGAUGAAGAGGACGUCCUGAGCGACAACGUCACCCACAUUGUAGCAGAGGUGGAGAACAACAUCCACACACAGGAGCUCCAGGAUCUGAGGGGUCGGUACCCAGCGGCUGUUCCUGUGCAGAAGGCCUGGCUGGAGUGCUGCUUCUCCAAACAGAGAAAAGUCAACACUGCCCAGUUCCUGCAUCAACUUUAAAGGCUCAUUUUAAAUCAUGUUCCAAGCCUGGAUGAACUAAGUGCUAAAUCAUAUUAAAGCUGAUCUGUUGAAGUGUUUAGGUGUUAUUAUGAGGGAAUAAAUUGUACAGUCGUGGCAAAAGUUUUGAGAAUUCCAUAAAUAUUGGAAAUUGGAAA